UGCAAUAUUCCUGCCAUCGCAAUGGCCGUAACCAAUCCUUCUUCACUAGGACCCCCAGCUAAGGGCCCUAUAACUGUUGCACCCCUCCAAAGUCAUUAUCAGCCAAGCCACGUCAGAGCCUACGACGACUCUGGCGCUCAAGUCUCCCUGAUACGGGAAGACAGAAUUCCCCGAGGGGCUAACGUUGAUAGACGUCGAUUGAUCACCAUUGAAGGUAUCAAUCACAUUAAACUGAUCCUUCCGACCGUCCAAUUGAGGGUCACCAGACCUCACUUCUCCAAAGUUUGUACCCUUGCAGUUGCAAGCUACAUUCCAGGAGGUUACGACCUCCUCCUAGGGCAAGACAUGAAGUCUCCCUCGCAUUCCAAACAGCCUAGGGGUCCUAACCCCACAACAAAUCACUCCAAGGCAAGGAGUCAUCGAAAUUCUACUUCCUCUAGGAAGUAUGUCCACCAACAGUCUCCCCCGUUACCAAGGAGGGAGAUUGACCAUUCGCAGUUCCGUUGCAAAACCUGUAACGUAAUAGGGCACUCUACUAAUUGGCCUAGGUGCCCUAGCAAACUACCAGCAGCGGACACUGUCCAUUUUCCACAAGGCCUAGCCUUCAACAAGAGACAGGAGCCUCUGUCUCCCAUUUCCAAGGGCACGCUGAGAGGUAUUGCACCUCCGGUACCCGUCACAGGUCCAGUCGACCUCAACUCUCUGCCAGUGCCACUUGGCAGCACUGAGCAGUGCCAAGCUCCGUCCAGCCUGGACGUAGAGCCACCACCGAACUUGACCUCUGCGCCUGGCCCCGAGCUAGCGCCGGCGCCUAACCUUAUCAAGGAUCCUCCUACAGGAGAUCCUCCAACAGGCAUGGAGCUUACCACAGCCCAUGGCCAAUCACUAGUUCCUUCUUCUUCAUCCUUACCUCUGUCGCCCGAGGAUGAACCUCCGGCAGACCUUACCUUUGUACCUCCUCUGGAAAACCAGGAACUGCCCGACCAGGAGUCAGCCUGGAGUUUUCCCCUUACGACGGCUGCCGCAGCAGCCGAAGUGAGGGCCUCCCCUGCAGUAGGUUCCACCUCUACGACGGUUGCUGCAGAUACCGAAGUAGGGUGUUCUCCUGAAAUCCCUCAGGCUACCACUGCCUCUGCUCCUGCCGGCGUUUCUGGCCUUUCCCCAGAGUCGGUGCCUCCGUCUACUCCUAGGACUGGUAUAGCCAGGUCCUGGAGGAAUAAGAAGAAGAAGGGACGUAACCAAUCAUUAACAAACUAACCCAAGAGCCACAUGCUCUCCUUGACACCUGUGCCCGAGGUACAGUGUCGCAUUCAUUUGCAGAAUGAUCCUGGCACCUACCCAGAGAAGGUAGCCAGCCCGAUCCCUGCCAGUAGCACUAACCCUCUAACCCCUAGCCAUUGUAAUACUAGCCCUCAUUUAAAUAUAAUUACCUCAUUGCAUUUCCCUCCUGGUCAACUAACAACUCAUCAUCCCCACGCAUCAUUACCUCUCAUUAUGUAUUUUAACAGUUCCGUCGCUGAACUACUGCUGUGCGUACCACACUCUGGAAUGAUUGCGUCUUCAUUUAACUGUAUUGAGUAGGUUAGGCUAAUGAUUUAGUACCAGGGCAUUAGGUUAGUAGCAAGUAGAAUUUUCAAGUAACCUUAUCUAGGGGUAGAGUAGACUGUCGUCACAAGACAACCUGUAGUUAUUUAUUAGGCUAGACUACAUCACUAUAUUAAGUUAGUACACUUAGCAUCUUUGCCUAUAAGUUAGGUAGGCCACUGUAGUUAGCUGUACCCCUGCUCAAAAAAAAAAAAAAAAAAAAAACUUCAAAUUGGAAUAGGAGAACGGGGUAGUCGAGACGAUCAAUUUAUUUAAGCCAAGACCUUCACACCCGAAAGGGAGUGAAUGCCUUCUUAACAGGGGGAGCUGUGACGUUUAUAGAUCGUUCGUCUACCCCGCAAUUAACUAAAUAAUUUGAUUUGGAAAACGGCAGCCAUUUCUUUAGAAUAUCAGCUGAUUUUUAGUAACCGCGGGAAACCCAAAACCCGCCAGCUAGAGAUAGGAAGUUCCCCAGUUGGGGGAAAAGAGUCUUUCAUCAGCUGUAGGGACGUAUCUCAAAAGGGAAGGGUGUAGGCAGAUUGGUACUUCUUAGACCUAUACCUUAAGCUCUCUUUCCUGUGACCCCUCUGCUGGCUGUAUGCUUGUUUUCCAGGAUUUGCCUUGAUCGUGGGGGGUUAAGCUGACCUCCAACCCCCAAGCAACCCAACUGAAUUCUGCCUCAGUCGGCUGCGAGACGUGAUCUCGGACAGAGGUCAAAUUACCUGCCUUCCUUUAGGCCUACCCAGGGCGUGAGUGGCGCGCCGAUGACCCAGGCCUCAGACAAAGGGGCCCCCAUACUUUCCUACAAAGAGCCACAUUUUCUUCAAAGGUCCACACUGAACACGACAUCCAGAUUCCAUGAGUCACGUGCCGUCUCUCUGCCGCAAGUGUGCAUUAACCCAAGUGAAUGAAAAUCAGCUUGAAUUGAAUGAGACUAUAAGCCCCAACGUGGGGGCCAAUAUCAUUUAACUUUUCUCCAGGCCAGCACGGGCCUUUUUUGUAAAUAAAUAGUUUUAAAGUAACGAGCUGAGUUUUCUGGCGACCUUCCCUCUAAAGAAAGAAAUCAAUAAUAAUCAGUUUACGGUAAGUUCAAGCAAUUCCCUCUUGAAAUCCCUAAAUUACUUCCGUUUACGUAUCUAGCUUCU